AGGUCAGGAGUAAGCGCGUUGCGUGUCACAAAAGAUAUAAAAUCCUGAGGAAGAUUCGAGAACAUCACCGCAAGGCUAGGAAGGAACGAAAAAAGAAUCCAAAUGCCUUUAAGAAAAAGGAUCCUGGUAUUCCGAAUUCACUUCCUUUUAAGGAAAAGCUGUUGGCACAUAUUAAAGAGACUAAAAAGGUGGCGGUCUUAUACAUUGUCUAUCAUAUCGAGUCCGAAAGGCGGUCAAUACUACUUCAACGUGCUGGGAAGAUUGGGCGAAAUGUGGGAGAGCCAGCGAACAAAGUUGUCAGUGUCAGUUUUGGCAGACAGCUUGCUCAUGUAAUUAAUGAGGCGGAUGUCAUUAUGGAAGUUUUGGAUGCUAGAGAUCCCCUAGGAACUCGAUGCAUUGAUGUGGAAAAUAAAAUCCUGGGUGCUGGAAAAAAGCUAAUAUUACUUUUGAACAAGAUCGAUCUUGUUCCUAGUGAAGUGGUGGGGCAGUGGUUGAAUUACUUCCGUAAGUGGUAUACCACUAUGCCGUUCAAGUCAAACAUCCAAGAAAAGUCUAGCAGGCUGGGGAUUAUCAAAGGCAAAAUUCCUCGGAGCAUGAGUCUUUCUAUAAAAAGCGGUCUGGGAGUGGAUGGUUUAAUGGUUCUGUUGGGGAACAUACGUCGCCAUAAUGGUGGUGGUCUAACCGUCGGCUUUGUGGGACUGCCUAAUACUGGGAAAAGCGCAGUUAUCAAUACUCUCAUCUGCCGCAAAGUGGCCCACAGCAGUUGUGUUCCUGGUCUCACGAAGCAAUGCCAGUUGUACAAACUUGAUAAUAGAAUAAAUCUAAUCGACUCACCGGGAAUUGUACUGUCUAAGGGGGAAGAUCCCUGCGAGUUGGUUCUUAGAAAUUGCAUAAAGCUAGAGAGCGUUGAAGCACCAGAAGUUGCUGUCUCGGCCAUUCUAUCCUGGUGUCCAAAACGUCAAAUCAUGAUACAAUACUCCAUCGGGGAGUACGACAGCACAACAAAUUUCCUUUGUAAAUUGGCACAAAGGAUGGGUAAAUUACGGAAAGGUGGCGUUACUGAUGUCAAGAGCGCUGCGCGUUUAAUAUUAGGAGAUUGGAUUACGUGA